AUGACGAAAGACUUGAUUUUUAUCUUUCUAAUUUGUAUUUCUCUCUUUGCACUUGAAGCUAACGCCCAAAUUGAUCAAUCAGGAUUCGUAAGCAUAGAUUGUGGAAUUCCUCAAGGUUCCAACUACACGGAUGUAGCUACAGGACUACAGUAUGUAUCCGAUUCAGGUUUCAUCGAUACAGGUAGUAACGCUACUAUCUCUAGUGAGUUUCAUUCCGAUGGCCUGGAACAACAGUUGUACACUCUCACAAGUUUUCCUGAAGGAGAACGAAAUUGCUACACCAUUAGAGUUCCAGAAGGAAAAGGGAAAAAAUACUUGAUCAGGGCAAGCUUUUUAUACGGAAAUUAUGAUGGAAAGAGUCAGCUAGUGAUCAAUUUUGAUCUUCAUCUCGGAGUUGACUUUUGGACCACGAUUCAUAUAGUCAAUGCUUCAGUUCCGUUAUAUGGAGAGAUCAUACACAUUCUCUCAUCGGAUUUUGUACAGGUUUGUCUAGUAAAUAAGGAUCGAGGAACACCAUUUAUAUCCGCACUUGAACUGAGACUCUUGAAUACAACCAUAUACAAGACCACAUCCGGGUCACUACAAACAUUCGUACGUCUUGAUCUUGGCUCAACAGCCACUCAAUUAGUAAGGUACCAAGAUGACAUAUAUGAUCGUUUAUGGUGGCCAUAUAAUAAUGUGGCAAACACGAUAUCAUUGAGUACGACUUCAACCAUUGCUAACACCAACAGUUAUUUACCGCCGUCAAAGGUGCUGAGCACAGCAAUAACAGCAGAUAAUGACACUGAUGGAAUAUCACUUUGGUGGGAACCUGCAAAUUCGACAGAUGAGUACUAUAUCUACUUGCACUUUGCAGAGAUUGAAGCCAACCAUGUAAAUAGGCAAUUCAACAUAUAUGUUGAUGGAGAGUUGUAUGAGGGAGCAUUUGCUCCGGACUAUAUGUCCGUAACCACAGUUUUUUCAACAUCAGCUCUACAGCCAAAAUCCAGGCACCAAAUUUCCCUCAACAAAACGGGAAAUUCAAUUCGUCAACCCACCAUUAAUGCCAUCGAGUUGUAUAAAGUAGUCAAGCAAAUCAUAAACCCUCAAACAAAUGACUUAGAUGUUGAUGCUAUUAUGAAUGUCAAAUCAACGUACGGGGUUAAAAAGAACUGGCAAGGAGAUCCAUGCGGCCCUGUAGCUGACAUUUGGAAUGGCGUCACAUGCAAUUUUGAUGGGGAUCUCCCCACAAUUAUAUCCUUAGACUUAUCUUCAAGUGAAUUACAAGGGACAAUAUCGCCUUACAUAACAAGUCUCACAAAUCUAGAAACGUUAAACUUGUCAAGCAAUCAGCUGACGGGAGAGGUGCCUGCCAAUCUCUCACAACUAGCCUUCUUACAAGAGCUGGACUUGUCAAACAAUCAGCUGACGGGAAAGGUCCCUGCCAAUCUCGCACAACUACCCUUCUUAAAAAAGCUAUACUUGAAAGGAAACAGUUUCUCCGAAAAAAUUCCUGAAGAAUUGCUGGCAAAAUCAAAAAAUGAAUCACUCGAUUUGAGGUAUGAUGAAUUUCGUCCUCCGAAAGAUAGUAAUAACCUUAGUGCUGGUGCACUAGCAGGAAUUAUUGCAUCCGUGGUGGUCUUGGGCAUCUUGGCUUUACUACUACUUUGGUUUAUAAUUCGAAGGAAGAAAAACAAAAAAGGGAAUAUCACUGGGACAGAAAGAACAGUACAGAAUCCAAACAUUGCAUUGGAGUUGAAAAACCGGCAGUUCACAUACUCACAGGUCUUGCACAUGACAAAUAACUUCCAGAGAGUCCUUGGUAAAGGAGGUUUUGGAACAGUUUAUCUUGGCUAUGUCGAUAACCGUGACGUGGCUAUUAAGAUGCUGUCCCCAUCUUCAGUUCAAGGGUUCAAGGAAUUCCGGGCUGAGGCUAGUCUCCUGAUGAGCAUACAUCAUAAGAACUUGAUUUCUAUAGUUGGGUAUUGUGUUGAAGGCACCCACAUUGGUAUUAUUUACGAAUACAUGGCCAAUCGAAGCUUAGACAUGCAACUAUCAGAUAGAAAUCCAAAUGCUUUAACAUGGGAGGAAAGACUUCAUAUAGCAUUGGAUGCGGCACAAGGAUUGGAGUAUCUACAUCAUGGUUGCCAGCCACCAAUAAUACACAGAGAUAUCAAGUCUAGUAAUAUUCUAUUAGAUGAUAAAUUCCAAGCAAAACUUGCUGAUUUUGGUUUGUCAAGGACUUUACCAACUGGAGAGGGAAGUCAUGUUACCACCAUAAUCGCGGGUAGUCCAGGCUAUCUUGACCCUGAUUACUACAGGACAAAUAAGCUAACGGAGAAAAGUGAUGUAUACAGUUUCGGUGUGGUUCUUUUGGAAAUAAUAACAGGACGGCAUUUACUAGGAAAACAUGACAAGAUUUAUGUAAUAACGUGGGUCAAUGGUAUGAUUAAUGAUAACGGAGAUGUUUCAAAAAUAAUCGAUCCAAGAUUAGGAGGAGAAGUUGAUGUGAAUUCAGCAAAGAGAAUUGUGGCAUUAGCAAUGGCUUGUGUUUCUCUUGAACCAACAAAUAGACCAGCUAUAUCUGUCGUUGUCACGAUAAUAAAGCAAUGUUUAAGGCAGAUGAUUGAUAAUUAUGACUCUAAUUGAAGAACACAAAAUUUGGAUAAUGUCC